GUGGCCGUAGUCGUAAUCCUCCUCGUAGCGAUGGGACAUUGGAAAUGCCGUGGAACUACGCUGGGUGGGAGCGCAGGCACUAGUCCGGUUGAGUGUCCUGGUGCAAAGGGAAGAAAGGAAGGUGGUGUGGGUGUUUGCCUUGUGUCGACUCCUGUGUGUGUCUUCUGCUGCUCCCUUGCUUUCAAACUCCUUCCUCCCUGGGCGGGCAGAAAUUUUUCAAACCACGGCCGCGACUCUGCUUUCAAUCUACAGCGCCAGCUAAAGCCGCGGAAGCAGCCGUGCCGAGCUGGCCAGAUGAUGAGCUAUAGAUAUCUAUGUACACCUCUACGGUGCUGCUAUCUGACCUUGUCCAGCAUGGCAAGGCCUUGCUACCUUGCAAUCCUGAAGUCAUGAUUACCUGUACUUGGGCCCGGAAUAGCAACCCGUGGACAGCAAUGACAACCCAAACUCAAGUGCUAUUUUGGGCAUGCAAAAGAACGAGUGGCAAAUAUUCCAUCCUCGAAGUCGUAGUCUCAAGGCCGCGAUUGGCGAGAGUAGAUGACGAUCUAGGUAUCUAGGAAUCGAUUCUGGACAUUCAGGCAGGUACACCGUAUAACUAGGCCUGAAACUGUAUCAUAGACUGCUCGGCUUCGAAUAAGGGUGGGGCUUAUGUAAUACAGACUCCUGCGACGAUUUCGAGGCAACUCUACGUGUAGACUGUAAAGUACAUGUGCACC